AUGGAUAUCACAGAGUUCAAACAGUCUGCUGCUGCUAGCUCGGGUGAUUCGGUUUUGAAGACACUCUUGACCGGCCUCCCAUCUCCCCGGCUUCCACGGACGUCGCGUCUGACGGCCUUGGUCAACAUCGUCCUGACUCUGUUCACGCUGGACUUUCUCCUUCGUGGCCUGGUUCUCUACUCCGGUGAAGACCUUACACUGUCUCGUGUUGGUUAUGUCUCGCCAACUACAGCCAGCUUGCUCAUUCGUGAGCCCGAUCCGGCUCAGCUUCCUUUGACAGUUUCCUACCAGGCGGUCGGGGAAGACCUUCAGUCGAAAUGGAUCGAAGAAGGCAUUAUCUACAAGCUUGACAACACCACUGACUUUACGACAUCUGUCGUCCUCAAAGGCCUGAAGCCCUCCUCUCAGUACCGCUAUGCGCUGUCCAAUAACCGCACAGGCACCUUUUCUACGGCACCACUGCCAGGCACAGAAUCCGCACAUGCGCUUACGUUCUUGACCUCGAGCUGCAUGAAGCCAAACUUUCCCUACAAUCCCCUAUCGCAUCCGCUGCGCUUUCCGGGAGUCGAGCAGGUGUCCGAGACAAUCUCCAAGCUGUUGUUUCGGCCAGCAUUCAUGCUGUUCCUCGGAGACUUCAUCUACAUCGACGUUCCCAUGCGUUUUGGAUCUUCUAUAUCUCAUUAUCGCAGCGAAUACCGCCGGGUCUACUCCUCUCCGUCCUGGACCAUCUCUCCCAAAACCCCCGCAAUCGAUCUCCCAUGGCUCCACACACUAGACGACCACGAGAUCGAAAACGACUGGUCCCACGGCAACACCACAGCACCAUAUCCCGCCGCAGCAGAACCCUACAUCCACUACCACGUCAGCGUAAACCCACCCAUCCCGCCAACCCCAUUCGCCAAACCCCAAGACACAACCUACUUCUCCUUCAUCCACGGCCCAGCCUCCUUCUUCGUCCUCGACAGCCGGACCUACCGCUCCGAGCCCGCACAGAUCAACUCUACGAUCCUCGGCUCCGCGCAACUCCAAUCUCUCCUCGCCUACCUGGCCCGGCCGGAACCAGCCGAGGUCCGCUGGAAGAUCAUCGCGUCUAGCGUCCCAUUCACAAAGAACUGGCACGUCGGGACCACAGAUACAUGGGGUGGCUUCCUGAACGAGCGCCGCACCGUCUUCGAAGCGAUGUGGCGCGCAGAGCGCGAACUAGGCGUCCGCAUCGCCCUGCUCAGUGGUGAUCGCCACGAAUUCGCAUCAACCCGGUUUCCAGACCCCUCACUCGGCUUCGAUACAGAGGACUUAGAACCUAAUACAGCUGGCGAGGGCGUGCACGAGUUCAGCGUCGGCCCGCUGAGCAUGUUCUAUCUUCCCGUGCGGAGUUACUGGCAAUCAGACCGCGAAGAUGUCACGGUGAAAUAUAUCCCAGACGGAAAUGUCAAGUACGGAUUGAUCGAUAUCAGAAACGGCGAGGAGCCCGUCGACACGCACUCCGGGACCCCCGUUUUCGUACCCAGCUCUGUGCUAACAUACUCGCUGUACGUUGACGGCGCUGUGGUCUGGGAAUACAGACUUAGCGUUCCCUUGCCUGAGAAACAGGGCCGUUUGCCUGCUGGGUCUACUGCUAAACAUCCACGACUGCCGCCGGGGAAGGUCGUUCGUGAUGAGCGGCAGGCGGAGGGGUGGGAUGUUCGUGUUAAGGAUGUUAUUGGAAGAUUGGAGGAGAUGGUUGGUUUGGUGAGGAGGAGUGUGGUGGAGUGGUAUUAUGAGGCGGUUGAGGGGGCGAGGAGGGCUGAGAGGGUUGAUUAG